GCUGUGUCCUUCAACCUUCCAUCCCUCAGGUUCCAUUCUCGCCCAUCUUUUGAUUCGUCUCUCUCAUAAAUGAGGCGGAUCGGGUUGUCCACCUGCCAGCAAACAGCAUCAUCAUUUGGGCUCCCCCACAGUGGAGCGAUAACGAUGGAUGCCUAACCGCCCAUAUUACUCUGCCCGCUUUUCCAGCUUUAUUCGUCUUGCCCACUCCGGCUUCAUCAAUGCAACGACCACGGUCGCUGCUUUCAAAUGACUUUGCCGUGGCCCAGAUUUUUGCCCGGCCAUGUCCUCCGUCCACAAUGAUGGUGCCGACUUUUGGGGAGUCCUUAUCAACCCCGACAAGAGCCCCACCCCGCUACUCGAACAGUUGUGCCUGGGGAUCGCGCAAGUAAUGACCUCCUUUGACGAGUUUGCGACCACCGACCUUACUCCAGAUCGCCUGGCUGCGUUUUAUCGCAAAGUUGGCGGCAAUUACGACGUCCUGUUCCUCGAAACCAGACCCUCCGCGCUUUCGUUCAUUUACCAGCGUUUAGGGUGCUUUCACAGCAUUCAGCCUACUGAUGAACCCUACAAACCCCCUUCCAUCCCUGCCCUGCAGCCGAAUGGCUUUGUGCGAUGGCAAACAAUUCAGAUUCUUCUUGACCCCGACGAGCACUCGAGGUGGUUACAAAAUGCGGUCGAAUUGUGGGAUAUCGAGACACCCAACGGUGGAAUCUUUCCUAAGUUGAUCCCUAGGAGUGCGUUCCCCGCAGAACCUGACCCGGAGAUGGUCCGAUGGCAUGAAGAAGUCAGCCGACGGUUCGAGCUCGAUUAUUGGAAAAAGAAUAUCUUGCGUUCCUCCCCUCCGAAUUUCGCUCCUUACUAUUCUUACUUCAGCCAGAAAGAUACGCCACCCAAUAAAGAAGAUGAAGUGCCCAGGUCUCCGCGUCGAAAAAGCUCUCACCACCAAGAACCUCAUACACCAAGUGAACGUCGACCUCCAAAUAGACAUCGUCAACGGCGGAGCGAUGAACGACCUCCAUCUACUACUCGUAGGGUGCAAUCUACAUACUUCCCGCGACAGUCCGAACACUUCAACACCGGAUACACAUCUCGACCAUCUUCUCCACCAAUGUGGGCCCGAGAGUCUACCAAACCGAGGACGCGCGAGCGCCCCCAGGUAUUCACACGGCCCGUGAGUCCAGGAACAGUACCAGGGAACGGAGCAUCAGAUGCAUCUUCCGAAGACUCCGGGUCUGCAGCCCCAGAGCCUCCAAGGUCAAGUCGGCAUAGCCAUCACCGCAAUCUAUCACCACCGCGUGUCUCUCAUGCUCGUCGCCAUUCUCACGAAGCAUACGCUCGUAGACCUCGCAAGGAAUUAUCUCCGGAUCCCCACAAACACUACGCAUAUCAUGAUCCAUACCAUACCAACCCGGGAAGACCAUACGACUCCGAUGGCGCGCGAAGAGCACGCCCCUCCAGAGCAUACAACGACGAACCGACCCAACACAGAUCAUCAGGCACUGGGUUCCGCGAGCGUGUUGUUAGUGACCCGCCCAUUUUUCCGCCUACCCGCGAAGUGCCCAUAUUUACACGCAUGCAUCCUCGCUACGGCACCGGGGAUACCUACAUUGUCCAUCCCCGUCCGGACCUUGAGCCGAUGAGCGACCGACAUAGUAGUUACCACCGGCCUACUAGUUCAAGUCUCCCCUCAACUGGAAAUAACACCUGUACGCCCGAACGUGCACGUUAUAUUGAUCCCCGUGAUCCCAGAUGGGUGGCACCCGUCCAAAGUUCAUCAAAAAGAGGCAUACCAAUUCAAACAGCAGAUGUUGAAUAUACCCGGGGCAGAAGAGCAGCUAUGUAUGAUCGCUGAAAAAGGUACAAAAAAGAAAGAGAUGAAGAAGAAGAAAAGGGGCACCGCCAUCACGACAGUAAUGCUUAAUGCAUUAUUUGAAUAAAUAGAAGCUUAUCAAAUACUAACAGCACUGCUAACGACAGUUUUUCUGACUAACGAGAGUCGAAACGUGACUUGAACGUUACUGACCGAGCAUGGCCAUCCUUGCAAGUACUACUGGCAUCUGACCCUUGCAGUUGAGUUGGCCUGUUUCAAAAUUAUGAUUUAUAAUUUAUCAUUCGUGGAGUAUAGACUUCACAUGACUAUGUGAUGGUACUGUGACUCUAUCUCUGGGAGGCUUUUUCUCAUUCUUUACUUUCAUCUUUUUCGAGCAUGACUUACGAUAUCUCGAGUUAUUUUUCAUGAUUACGACUUAUGACCCACUAGAGGCUAGGAUCUCCAUUCUUUUCGGUUAAUUAAAUACAUAAAUGAUACAAGAAUAAGUAUACUAUAUC